GGAUGCCAUAACAUACACUUAGCAAAGUUAACUAUUAAGUUGUCAGGAUGAAAGGUCGGGAGGCUUGCCUUUAACUGGGCAGUGAGGAUGGGGAAAGCACAUUGCUCCUUAGCAUCUGCUUCCCUUGAGGCAAAAAGUAAAGAAGAAACAAGACCAUCAUAGAAAGUCAUUGUAACAGAAGUGCCCUGGAAAUCACGAUGGACGAAUUCUGCCACUCUACUUUUUGGAAUCUCUCAUUAUUGAAUAGUCCAGAAGCUGACCUGCCUCUUUGUUUUGAGCAAACUGUUCUUGUGUGGAUUCCCUUGGGCUUUCUUUGGCUCUUGGCCCCUUGGCAACUUUACAGUAUAUACAGAUCCAGGACCAAGAGAUCUUCUAUAACCAAAUUCUACCUUGCCAAGCAGGUGUUCGUAGGGUGUCUUCUUAUUUUAGCAGCCAUAGACUUGUCUCUUGCACUCACAGAAGAUACUGGACAAGCCACAAUUCCUCCUGUUAGAUAUACGAAUCCAAUUCUCUACCUAUGCACAUGGCUCCUGGUGUUGGUGAUCCAACACAGCAGGCAAUGGUGUAUACAGAAGAACUCUUGGUUCCUGUCCAUGUUCUGGAUUCUCUCUCUAUUAUGCGGUAUAUUCCAGUUUCAGACUCUGAUACGAGCACUCCUGAAGGAUAGCAAGUCCAACAUGGCCUAUUCCUGCCUGUUCUUCGUCUCCUAUGGUUUCCAGAUUGUCAUUUUGAUCCUUUCAGCCUUUUCAGAAUCAAGUGACUCAACACAUGCCCCAUCAGCUACAGCUUCAUUUCUGAGUAGCAUUACGUUUAGUUGGUAUGAUAGCACUGUUCUGAAAGGUUACAAGCAUCCGUUGACACUAGAAGAUGUGUGGGAUGUUGAAGAAAAGCUUAAAGCCAAGUCACUCAUCAGCAAGUUUGAGACGAUUGUGACAAAGGACCUGCAGAAAGCCAGGCAGGCUCUUCAGAGGCGGCUGAAGAAGUCCCAGCAGAGCCCUGAGGGCAUGCCACACGGAUUGACCAAGAAGCAGAGUCAGAGCCAAGAUGUCCUUGUCCUGGAAGAAACUAAAAAGAAGAAAAAGAAGUCUGAGGCCACCAAAGACUUUCCCAAAUCCUGGUUGGUCAAGGCUCUCUUCAAAACCUUCUAUGGGGUGAUCCUGAAGUCGAUUAUUCUGAAAUUAGCACAUGAUAUUUUUGUGUUUCUGAAUCCUCAGCUGCUGAAAUUUCUCAUUAGCUUCGUGAAAGACCCUGACUCGUAUCCAUGGGUUGGAUAUAUCUAUGCAAUCCUAAUGUUUGCUGUGACUCUCAUCCAGUCUUUGGCCCUUCAGUGUUAUUUUCAAUUUUGUUUUGUGUUGGGGAUGAAUGUACGGACAACCAUCAUAGCUUCUGUAUAUAAGAAGGCACUGACCAUAUCAAACUUGGCUAGGAGGCAGUACACGAUUGGAGAGACGGUGAACUUGAUGUCUGUCGAUUCCCAGAAGCUAAUGGACGUGGCCAACUACAUUCACUUGCUGUGGUCAAGCAUUUUACAGAUUGUUUUGUCCAUUUUCUUCCUGUGGAGAGAGCUGGGACCUUCGAUUUUAGCGGGUGUUGGGCUUAUGGUUCUCCUGAUCCCAGUUAAUGGAGUUCUGGCUACCAAGAUCAGGAAAAUUCAGGUCCAAAAUAUGAAGAAUAAAGACAAACGCUUAAAAAUCAUGAGUGAGAUUCUCAGUGGAAUUAAGAUCCUGAAAUACUUUGCCUGGGAACCUUCCUUUAAAGAGCAAGUCAUGAGCAUUCGGAAGAAAGAACUCAGGAACCUGCUGAGUUUUGGCCAGCUGCAGACGAUGUUGAUUUUCAUCUUAAACCUAACUCCAACCCUGGUGUCCGUGAUCACAUUCUCUGUUUACGUCCUGGUGGAUAGCCAAAAUGUUUUGAACGCGGAGAAGGCUUUCACAUCCAUCACCCUCUUCAACAUCCUGCGCUUUCCUCUGUCCAUGCUUCCCAUGGUGAUCUCUUCAAUCAUCCAGGCCAGUGUUUCCGUAGACCGGCUGGAGCGGUACCUGGGAGGAGAUGAUCUGGACUUGUCUGCCAUUCGCCAUGUCAGCCAUUUUGAUAAAGCUGUGCAGUUCUCAGAAGCCUCUUUUACUUGGGACCGGGACUUGGAAGCCACAAUCCAAGAUGUGAACCUGGACAUAAAACCAGGCCAACUGGUGGCUGUGGUGGGCACUGUAGGCUCUGGGAAGUCCUCUUUGAUAUCAGCCAUGCUAGGAGAAAUGGAAAAUGUUCAUGGGCACAUCACCAUCAAGGGCUCCAUAGCCUACGUCCCUCAGCAGGCCUGGAUUCAGAAUGGGACCAUCAAAGAUAACAUCCUGUUCGGGUCAGAAUUCAAUGAAAAGAAGUACCAGCAAGUUGUCGAAGCCUGUGCUCUCCUCCCAGACUUGGAAAUGUUGCCUGGAGGAGACAUGGCUGAGAUCGGAGAGAAAGGUAUAAACCUCAGUGGCGGUCAGAAGCAGCGAGUCAGUCUGGCCCGAGCUACCUAUCAAGAUGCAGACAUCUAUAUUCUAGACGACCCCCUGUCGGCUGUGGACACUCACGUGGGAAAACAUAUUUUCGACAAGGUGGUGGGCCCCAAAGGCCUGCUGAGCGGCAAGACUCGGAUCUUGGUUACACAUGGCAUUCACUUCCUUCCCCAAGUGGAUGAGAUUGUUGUUCUGGGGAAAGGCACCGUCUUAGAGAAAGGAUCCUAUCGUGACCUGAUGGACAAGAAAGGGGUGUUCGCUAAGAACUGGAAGACAUUCAUGAAGCAUUCGGGGCCUGAAGGAGAGGCCACAGUCAACAGUGACAGUGAGGAAGAGGAUGAUGACUGUGGGCUGAUCCCUACUGUGGAGGAAAUUCCUGACGAUGCAGCUUCCUUGACCAUGAGAAGGGAAAACAGCCUUCGCCGAACACUGAGCCGCAGCUCUAGGUCCAGCAGCAGGCGUGGGAAGUCCCUCAAAAACUCCUUGAAAAUUAAAAGUGUGAAUACCUUGAAUAAGAAGGAAGAAGCAGUAGAAGGGCAAAAACUAAUUAAGAAGGAAUUUGUGGAAACCGGGAAGGUAAAGUUCUCCAUCUACCUGAAGUAUCUGCGAGCAGUAGGAUGGUGGUCCAUAUUCUUCAUCAUCUUCUUCUAUAUAUUGAACUAUGUUGCUUUUAUUGGCUCUAACCUCUGGCUGAGUGCUUGGACCAGUGACUCUGAAAAACAGAAUGGGACCAGCAACUCAACUUCUCAGAGGGACAUGAGAAUUGGGGUCUUUGGAGCUCUGGGAACAGCACAAGGUAUAUUUUUGCUUAUUUCAAGUCUAUGGAGUAUAUAUGCUUGCAGAGAUGCAUCCAAAACUUUGCACGGGCAGCUGCUAACCAACAUCCUUCGAGCACCCAUGAGUUUUUUUGACACAACUCCCACAGGCCGGAUUGUGAACAGAUUUGCUGGUGAUAUUUCUACGGUGGAUGACGUGCUCCCCCAGAGUUUGCGAAGCUGGCUGUUGUGUUUCUUCGCCAUAGUUAGCACUCUCGUGAUGAUCUGCAUGGCCACCCCCAUCUUCACCAUCAUCAUCAUCCCUCUGAGCAUUCUCUAUAUAUCUGUGCUGGUAGGCUUGGGAAAGACAGGCUGGGUCUCCCCCCCCCCCCCCGCUUCCGAGAUCCCUGAGACGAGUCCCUUAGGUUUAACAUGGGCAGCUCCUGUCCAGCAUCUUAGAUGUGCCCAGGAGAGGAAGCAUGCAAAUGAGAAGCAGAUUGACAUCAACCAGAAAUGUAUCUUUUCCUGGGUUACCUCCAACAGGUGGCUUGCCAUUCGCCUGGAGCUGGUUGGAAAUUUGAUUGUCUUCUGCUCCUCCUUGCUUCUGGUUAUUUAUAAGAAUUCCCUAACCGGGGACACUGUGGGCUUUGUUCUGUCCAACGCCCUCAACAUCACACAAACCCUGAACUGGCUAGUGAGGAUGACAUCAGAAGCAGAGACCAACAUCGUGGCUGUUGAGCGAAUAAAUGAAUACAUAAAUGUGGACAAUGAGGCGCCUUGGGUGACCGACAAGAAGCCUCCAGCAGAUUGGCCCAGAAAAGGUGAGAUCCAGUUCAACAACUAUCAAGUGCGGUAUCGGCCGGAGCUGGAUCUGGUACUGAAAGGGAUCACUUGUAACAUCAAGAGCACCGAGAAGGUCGGCGUGGUGGGAAGAACUGGAGCUGGGAAAUCAUCCCUCACAAACUGCCUCUUCAGAAUCUUAGAGUCUGCAGGUGGCCAGAUCAUCAUUGAUGGGAUCGAUAUUGCCUCCAUUGGACUGCACGACCUUCGAGGGAGACUGACCAUCAUUCCCCAGGACCCCGUUUUGUUCUCUGGGAAUCUGAGGAUGAAUCUCGACCCUUUCAACAAAUACUCAGAUGAGGAGAUUUGGAGGGCCCUGGAACUGGCUCACCUCAAAUCCUUUGUGGCUGGCCUGGAACUUGGGUUGCUCCAUGAAGUGACAGAGGGUGGUGACAACCUGAGCAUAGGGCAGAGGCAGCUCCUAUGCCUCGGUAGGGCUGUGCUUCGAAAAUCCAAAAUCCUGGUCCUGGACGAAGCCACCGCUGCAGUGGAUCUAGAGACGGAUAGCCUCAUUCAGACGACCAUCCGGAAUGAGUUCUCCCAAUGCACGGUCAUCACCAUCGCGCACAGGCUGCACACCAUCAUGGACAGUGACAAGAUAAUGGUCCUAGACAGCGGCAAGAUUAUUGAGUACGGCAGUCCUGAAGAACUGCUGUCCAGCAUGGGUCCCUUCUACUUGAUGGUCAAGGAAGCCGGCAUUGAAAAUGUGAACCACACGGAGCUCUAGCAGUGCUCCCUGGUUAGCGGACUAGAAGAACAUUUCCUAGUUACUUUGGUUCUCGUGACUGUGUCAUAGGGGCAAAGAUACACAGUUUGUUGCUGUUGGUCAAAGUUGGCCUCAAACUCUAAGGCUCAUGCAAUCUUCUGGUCUAAGCCACCCUAUAAAAAUACACUUAAAAGGGUAUCAUAAAUAAAUACUUAAAUAAAUA